UAUGACGUAAUAAAUAUUGAAUGACGUCACUUACAGARCACGCGCACAACGCGCAAUAGACGUUUAUGAUGAAUUUCAAAAAUAKAAUUCCGGGGAAUCCAAUGGACUAACCAAAGAAAAAGAAAAACAAUACUGGAAUGGCGUCUAAAUACAGCGUUCCGGGAAAGGGAGGAAUAAAGCUGAUUAAGAAGAACAACUCGUGGGUACCGCAGCGGGAAAAGCGAAAGACGACACUGGAAGUACAUGGCUACACCAUAUUGAGAAAUUUAGGCGAAGGAGCGUUUGCGAAAGUUAAGCUUGCAAAGUCCAAGAAGCAUAACCGCAAUGUAGCUGUCAAGAUUAUCGACAAGCGUAAGGCUCCGAAAGACUACAUUUGUAAAUUCUUACCUCGCGAGAUUCAUAUCAUGCAUCGCCUUAACCAUCCUAACAUAAUAAAGCUGUACGAAGCGAUCGAGACAGACACAAGAGUCUAUCUAGUUAUGGAGUUAGCUGAAGGCGGAGAUCUCUUAGAAUUCAUCAACAACAAAAAUGUUAUCCCAGAGAACGAAGUUCGCGCYUUGUUUUGUCAAUUCGCUGCUACCUUGGCGUAUUGUCACAAAGAAUCUGUGGUUCAUCGCGAUCUCAAGUGCGAAAAUCUCUUACUUGAUGAAAAUGGGCGACUGAAAAUAACAGAUUUUGGGUUCGCUACAAAUACUUUAAAGAGUCCCAUCCUCGAGACAUGUUGCGGGUCRUACGCCUACUGCUGUCCCGAGAUUCUCCGCGGUCAGAAAUACCAUGGCCCAGUAUCUGAUGUGUGGAGUAUGGGUGUGGUCCUCUAUGCGAUGGUUUCCUCAAGGUUACCCUUCAGUGAUGAUGAUUUGCGAUUCCUCAUGAAGAAUGAACCAAGGAAAUUGAAAUUCUCCAGGAGUACGAGUGCGGCUUGCAGAGAAGUGAUACGAAGGAUGUUGACCAUUGACCACAACAAGCGACCAACGGCAGAGCAACUGCUAAGGGAUCCUUGGUGUAAAGAAGAACUGUUGGAGAAUCCUGAUUUGUCGUACUUGGGACAUAGAAAAUCUCCAUUGCCAGAGAUGCAUCCCCCACCCCCACCACCACCUCCUAUAAGUGAAUAUGAAGAAGAAAUCUUCCCAGAAGUCACGCCAGUUMGCGCCAAAAUUGGCACCUCCAAAAUUGUCACGUGUCUGACGUCCCCUGUGGUUUCUCUUCCGGUGACCAUCAAAUUUGACAAGGGACGAAGGCGUCACACAAUCACUGCCCACAGUCACGAUCACUCAAAAAGACGCGUUUCUCUCAGAGACGAACUUCUGCGUACGAUGGCAGCCAAAGAAAUGAGAUCCAAGUCUUCCCAAAUGAUAGCCGAAGAAAUGAAAAAAUGCAAGUCAUUGGAAAACGUCAGGAAAAUGAACGCAAUAAAUCAUGUUCGUCGAAGCUCUCUUGUUCACGAUGUUCUCCACGUUGACCACGACGUUGCUAGAGAACGACGCCUGUCUUCCGUCAACCGUAAAUCUUCUAUCGUCUCUGACGUGACGUAUCAUCCACGUGAUAUUAGGAUUUCGCCGCAACAACUUYUAGGUAAAAAACAGAGCAGAAAAGCUAUUAUCGAUGAAGGUAAUGUCGGAGGGAGAUCGGAGAGAGAAAAAGAGCUCGCAACACUGAAGUUCUCCAAAGCGGGGACCGCCGCAAGAAUGGCGGCACAGGAAACCCACAAGGAACAUGAGAAAAACAAACGAUCAUCUUUAGCGUGUUUAGCAACGCUGAUCGACGAUAAGAUGAACAAGCUUGAAAAAUGGAGAGAAAAAUGCAAGCGAUUGCUGGACAAAAAAGUUGUUUUUGAAAAAAACCCAAAAUUUUCCUUCAAGCUGCUUUCGCAACAGGAACAAUAAUAUUCCACUGAGAAAAUGUUUUUUUCAGGCGAAUCAAGAUCUGACAGUGUYGUGUCUUUGACAUGAAAUUCUCUCUCCCUGUAGAUUUUUGCAGAUCGAUUCAGAAACUAUGUAACUGAGAUACUGCAUGAUAGAUAAGGAAACACCAAAAGUUAGGCUUCUCUUUGCAGAAGAAGCAGACAAGUUGUAUUCAUCUGAACAUCACUCAUUUUUUCAAGUUCACCUUUGACAUGCAGAUUGUACUAUAGAACCGUCAUAAACAGCCAUCAAUAAAAUCAUUCAUCCUA